GUUGAGGAUCGUUUUCGAAACAAAGUAGCUGAUAAAUCCGCAGAUUGGCUUGUUUAAAGAGACACAUUUCUAAUUGCGGCUUUGUGCGAUGAGUGACCCUGGUGAGAAAAGUUCGAAUUCUGUGUGUAUAUGGCCUGGACUCGUUGCAACUUCGUCGAACACAAACCCCGCUUCGAAGAAUCCGGUCAAUAAUACUGUGCUAAAUCAAAGGAAACGCCUAACAAUCACACUGAAUGCCCACCAACUCCAAAAAUGCGUUCCUGUCGGGAAACCGGUAGUUAUCUUGCCGAAUACUUCGAACAGCACUCUGUCGGAACAGCAAAAUGUUACUGUGCCGUCGUUCUUUUUCUCGCCGACGGUGACAUCAACGUUGCCAUCAAAGUAUCAAUUGAUGUUUACGAAACAACCAACCAUUCCUUCAUCUGGCCAGUCCCCAGCACAAUGCAAUACAGUGAGUGCACCGGUAUGCAUUCAUCUGAGCAAAGAUCUCUUACGAAAGGACAUCUCUCACCCUGCGACAUCGUUAAUUCAGACCUCAACACAGAGCAGUGCUUCGAGUAUCCCGAUGGUGUCUGGGAUCAAACAAAUCGUGAAUCCCCUUGAUGUAUCUUUGACACCGAAGACGGAUUUAACAACAGGAAAACAAGUUCAGUUACAAUUGUUGAGAUCUGCACGAACAAAAACGAACACAAUCACUUCGCCUGCCGCGUCUUCAACCGAUAGCAGCCAGAUUCUAAUCUCGGAAAAUACACCGAUGGCCCCGAAUGAUGGAAAUAAAACCAGAGCACCGGAAAAGCAAAAACAGAUGACCGAAACAGUUCCAUCGACCUCAGCACUGGUACAGCAAAAGCAGACCAAGUUAUUGUACAACCAGAUCCUAAGACAGGAAAAUAUAAUUAGUGUUCCGACCAAGAAUCCAGACAGCGCAGGAUCGAAAAAGGAAAAACACUUUAUCGUAACCGAUCCACCGACCAGCGGGACUCAAAAGCGACGACGUUUAGUGGUUAUCACGAAGGAACUGGGAAAAGCAAAGGGGAAGUAUUCACAGAUCCUUGAAUGGGCCAGAAAAGUAGUAAAACCGGGCAAUAGAAUAUUAACGCCGAUAAUGGCUAAAUCCAAAGGAAAACAAGUUAAAUUAGGCUUAUCAAGUUCAUCGAUAACUCCUGCCACUUCCACUUCAGAUGUCCAGUCUUCAACCGAUGGUAGACAGGUACAGCGACGUUUAGUGGUUGUCACAAAGGAUGCGGAAAAUGUAGAAAGGCGUUUACUGGUUUUCACGAAGAAUCCGGAAAAGGCAAAGGUGACGGGGUCAAUCAAAUGUUCGAUUACCCAGCCUAAAGGCAACAUCCUGAAACAGGGUCAUCCACCGAAAGUCCCGAAGACUUUAAAUCCAAUCCAAGGACGAACGUUGAAACAAAAGCAGGGCAACUUAUCAAAUUCAUCAAACAACCAGACCCAGAGAUGGGCUAAAACAUUGAGUUCUUCGACAAAGAAUCCACAUGGUGGAGAAACGAAUAAGGAAAAACAACAACUAAAAGUCAUUUUACCGCAUUCAUCACCCAAAAGCAUUGAUAGUGAAAAGCUUGAUAUGCAGAAGAAGUUGAGGAAACUGCAUUGCAUGGUGAAAGAUUUUUCAAACGAGGUAAAUUCCUUAAAUAAACGUUUCCAGAAUCAACUUUGGCCACUUGAAGCAGACAGGCAGCGUGAACAAAUGGCCGAUCUACCUACAAAAAAGCGAAAAAUUGCAAAAGAACAAGAUACAGCUUCUGAAAUCUCAACUAUGUAUGAAGAUCCUCCAAUGGAUUGGUCCGAUGAAGACCCUCCGAUGGAAGAUGAAAUCAAAUGGGAGCUAGACGAGCAUGAACUACCGACUCUGUUAAAAGAGAAACUAGAAUCUAGUGCCAAUAAUCGGCAUCAGCAGGAACAAGAUCCUUUAACGCUAGAAACUGAACCAGAAAACCAACAGAAUGUAACGCUACAGCGAGAUCUGUUAGAAGUAAAAACUGAACAAGAUGAUCAUCAGAAUGUACCGUUGCAAGAAGGUCCGUUAGCUGGGAACACCCGACCAAUUAUUGGUAGUCAUCAGGAUGAUCCCUUGCCACAAGAUCCAUUCCAAUCCAAGGUUUGGUUUUGGAGCCAAGAUCCAAAACCAGAACAGUUAGUUGAUAAUUGUCGAAGUGUAUCGUCGCAGCUAGAUCCCUUAUCUAUCAAAACCUAUCGAAUCACAGAAGACGGUACAUUUUUAUCACCAUGCAAUGUACUACGGGAUAGCCAAUUACUAUCCUUUGGCAACCUGCUGGAUACGCCGUCUGAACAUGAUCCAUUAACUAUAGAAGAUCAGACGAAUCCAUUGGCAGACACCGCACAACAUCUAUUGGAAAUUAAAACAGAACCGGGCGUGUAGAUAGUAAGAUAUAUGUGUUAUUUUCUUCUACAAUUUCUUAAAAAAUUGCUCCUUAUUUAAUGAACUCCAAAUCUUAUGUUUACCAGUUCUGGUUUUGCGCAAACUAUUUUACUGAUUUUUAC